AUGCCUAGCAAAGACGCGCCGAUCGCGAUCCUGGGCGGCGGUGCCUGGGGACUGUCCACAGCCCACUACCUGACCAACGCCGGCUACACGAACAUCACAGUCUACGAGCGCGCCGAGAAGAUCCCCUCGCCCUACUCAGCAGCCUACGACCUGAACAAGAUCGUCAGAGCAGAAUACGAAGACCCAUUCUACACACAACUCGCCCUCGAAGCGAUAGAACAGUGGAAGACACCGCUCUUUGGCCCACACUACCACCAGACCGGCUACGUAGUCGCAACAACAGGAAGAGCACCACAAAAGGCGAUAACACAUCUCCAAGAAGCGCUGAAGAACAUCGAACACCACCCCGUAUUUGGCCCAGGUGUGCGCAGACUCGAUGGAGCGAAAGACUUCAAGGACUACACAUGGCAGUACUCAGGCCCACUCUCCGGCUUCAAGGGCUACUUCAACCGCAUAGCGGGCUACGCCCACUCCUCCGACACCCUUGAAGGCCUCUGGCGACACUGUGCUUCCAAGGGAGUCAAAUUUGUCCUCGGCGAACAAUCAGGCAAAGUCAUCAAACUCAACUACACCGGCAAGAAAUGCACCGGCUUCCAAACCGCCGAUGGCAGAGAACACAAAUCCGCCCUCACCAUCGUUGCCCUCGGCGCCCACGCCGCCUCCCUCCUCCCCGGCGUCGGCAAGUUCGCAGUAGCACGCUCCUGGUCCGUCGCCCACGUGCAACUCACCGAAGACGAAGUGAACCACCUCCGCGGCAUCCCCACCACCAACGUCCGCGAUCUCGGCUUCUUCUUCGAGCCCGACCCAAAGACACGGCUCUUCAAACUCUGCCCUCUCGGCAUAGGAUACACCAACCCCGACGCCAGCGGCGUUUCCCUUCCACCAGCGGACAAGCUCCCACCGCCUCAAGACUUCAUCCCCAAAGAAGACGAAGCGAAGCUCCGCCAACUACUCCGCGAGACUUUCCCCUGGAUGGCAGAUCGUCCCUUCGUAGAUCAGAAGCUGUGCUGGUUUGCGGAUACGCACGACUCAGAAUUCACGAUCGAUUUCGUGCCCGAAACUGACAACUCUGUAAUCUGCUUGACUGGUGAUUCAGGUCAUGGGUUCAAGAUGAUGCCGGUGUUUGGCAAGUGGGUUGUGGAGCUUCUCAAUAACGGCAAGCAAGAUCUGAAGAGGUGGCAGUGGAAGGACAUUGAUCUGAGGAAUCAGGAUUGGGGUGAGGCGGUGAGCUGGAGGAUUGGGAAGGGUGCGGUGUUGAAGGAUUUGAUCCAGGCGAAGGAGAAGGUUGUUAGGGCGAGAUUGUAA